CAAAAUACAAAUUUUCAAAAGUUUGUUGUGUUAUUUUCGUGGGAAUACAAGAGUUUUGUAAUUAAUUUUGAAUUUAGUUUUAUAUCAAAACUUUAAUCAAAUGUGAUAUGUUAUAUUAUUUUUAAGUGUUGUGUAGUGUUUGAAACUAUAUAUUUGAUGGUGCGUGGUAUAUUUUAAAGGUUAAUGCUAAUGAAGAAAGUUAGGUUUGAGAGUCCUGCUAAAGCUUUCCUAUCUACCGACAUGAACGAACGCGAGUGUCAUUCGCCUCGUCCACUAGUAGAGAGGCAGAUGCAUGCAAAUUUACCUGACUUAUACAGUCAGGUUAAGGUUUUACCGUACAGUAAUGACCCAGUGCAACUUUUUGAGUGCAGCAAUAGUUCUCCGUAUCCAACAAUGACAAAGACUCCGUUGUCUAGCUAUCAGAAAUCUCCUGAGUGGUCACCGUCUCACGACUUGGAUCUAAGUAUGUUGGAUGCUUCAUACCAUGAGCCUAGAAGGCCCACACUUUGUAGAUCCAUCCUAAAGCCUACUAAUGGUAAUCACAAUGCUGUUGAUGGCUACACAAUGAAUUAUACCCCUGAAUCUAGUUCUGCACCAAAGAUAUCAACUGAAAACAAAAUACUAAAACUACCAAACACACUGAUCAAAAACGAUGACUUCUUUAUAAAGAGAGAUAACUUAGAUAAAUUUAAUUUGGACAUGAAUCCAUUAACAAAGCAACUGAACCAGCUUAGUUUGGAUAAAGAAAAUGAUCCUUUCACUAGGAAAUCUGAAAUGGUGCAAAUGGCAGCUAUGAACAUGCAGGACAAUGUAAAAAGUCAGCCACAGCCCUCUAGAUUUGAAGACUCUGAUUGCAGGUGUCACCACUGUGUUACAAAGACUACUCCAAUAAUUACAAAUUCUAUAGAACAAAUGCCUCAGCACCACAGGCCUAACUAUGGUUUACCAUUUACUGCCCAAAAUGUUAUGAGGCAUAGUCACUGCCCAUGUACAUUGCCAUCACAGCCCAGCAGAUGUUCCUGCUGCACUCCUACUCCAACAGCUAGGAAAUGCCAGUGUAGUCCUUGUAGUACUGAAAAAACACCUAGUCCAAAAUUGAAUGCAGUUGACAAAAAGACUUGGGCCAUAGAAAGAUAUGAACAGAGCAAAAAUCCAAACACCAUGGAGGUUGAAAAACAAGCAAAUAUUUCCAAAGAGAAACGAGAGCCAACUGUAUCUGACCUUUUUAAAAUAAUAAAGCUCCAAAAUGAGCAGUUGCAAUUGUUACAAGAAAAAGUGGAUAAGUUUAUUACAGCAAGCCAACAAGCACAAAUACCUGCUCAGAAACAUGUAGCUAUUGAAACUGUUGGGAAUGAGCAGCAUAAAAUAUCAAUUGGAGUCAUGACUAGUUUUGAAAUGGUUAGAACUUCAACAGUAAUAAACAAGGAAAUCUUGAAAACAAAUGACAAUGCACAAAUACAAUGCAAUAGAUCUCAAAUAAGCAUAAAAGAGGUUGUGUCUAAAGGGCAAGCUCCUAACCUAAACUUUUUAGAUGGUAUUACACCUGUAGGUGAUACUAUGAGGGCAGAGUUUGAGGCUCAAGGAAAUGUUUUAACGAACACUCCAAUGAAUGGUGGUGUGCUUCCACUUGUAGGUGUCAAUGAAGAGAAAACAUUGAAUGAAUUGAGCCUGUGUAAUGUUCAAGUAGAUAAUGCAACUACACCACUGAUGUCACCAGAGCAGAGCUUGUAUUUGGAUGUCAGAGAUUAUAGCGAUUCCGAUGCAGAUAGUGAUAAUCAAUCAAAUGUUGGCUGGACAUAUUAUAAUAAAGUUAUGACUCAUGUGAAUGGCAUGCUGCAAGAUUCAGAUAUGCCGUCUUCAGCUAGUGCACUAUACAGAAACACUAGACAACAGUUGCAUUCUGUACAAAUGCAUAUAGACAAGACUAAUGUUAGUGUUACUAAAAGGGUGAAAUUCGGCGAUGAUCCUCUAGGAUUACAUCAACCACAUAUCUAUGCGUCCACUGACACCAGUUUGAAGAUGAACCAGCUGGCUGCCAAGUACUUGAAGAACGGGCCACCAGUUGCAGCGCCACAGCGCCCUACGCCCAGGCCAGCUACUGCACCAGUUGACAUGUCUUUUGCUACGAGAAACUAUAUGGAGCGACAUAAAUUGUUGCAAGGUAUACCACCACCUUCGAAGUCUGCUUCUCCUGGUGAGAUGCCUCGAUUCUUAGACAUAACUGCUUUGAAACAGCAGCCUAAGUUUUUAUAGGUAGGCAUUUCUAAUCAAUUGUAUUGUUAUUCGUUUUUAAAGUUAAGAAAAUUGUACAAUACUGUUAUAUGUAUUAGUUUGGAUUAGUUUUUUAAGUAGUUGACUUACUUAGCUCUAAUGUUAGGUAUGUUUGACAUGCAAAUAAGGUACGCUUUGUUCUGAACAGACAUUUAUUUUAAACCUCAGAGAAAAUAACAGAGUAAAACCCUACAUUAUAUAAGUAGGUAUAUUUGUUACUGUAACCUUUUGUUUAUUACAUUACACUUAUAUUUUGUUCAGUAUCUCGGGUUUAUUAUGAAGUAUUAUAGUAAUAUACAUUAAUUUGUCUACAUAUAUGUAUGAUACAAACAAUAAAUUUUAAUUUCAUAUAAUGUGCUAUUAUUUUGUUUCACGCAAUUAUCACAUUUCGUUGAAACAUGAUUUAGGAUAACUAUACCACAUGCAUAUUAGUAAAAGUACAUCGUUACACUAUCUAAUACUGAGACUACAAUUAUGUGCAUUUGAACGCGUAGAUAAUUAUACAUACAUAUUACACGCAUGCAUUUUCAUACCUAAUUGCAUCAAAAAUGUCUUUGUUUAUCAUUAAUAUGCAUGCGGUUUUCAUACGCUCUUUUAUUUAAAAUAUAGAUUUUUCAAUAAACUCCGUGAACUACUAUAACAUCAUUAUAUAUUUAUUCUUUCCGAGGUAUUUCGAAUAUCUCUCACAGACAAAAAAUUGUACUCCAUAAGUUUGGAAAUGGUAAUAAAAAUAUUUAUAUUAUACACCAAUUACAAUUCUGCUUAAGACAAUGUCACUUUAUGCGAUAAAUAUUAUUAUGUUUUGAAACUUUCUUAUAUUAUAUGGGAACAAUACACAGUGUAGUUAAAAACCAAGAAAUAUUAUAAAAACGUACAAUCUUAUGUGAUAAGUUAUUUACACUAAUAUUUCAACAUACAUUAUUGGGACACAUACCUUUAACAUUUAUAAUUUAAUAAAGAAAUAAAAGAAGGAUCUGAAUACAUUAGUAGGUACUACACUAUCGAAAAGCUUAACUCCUAAGAGACAUCAGUUACACAAUAUUUCAUUUUCAAUUGGACAAAACUUUAUGACUACAUAAUGUACAGUACACACAUAGUUUUAAAUCUCAAGUGCUGUCAGCAUUCAUAAUUCUUAUUAUUUAAAUCUUAUCUCUAUCAGUUUGGUUCUUUUCUUUGGUUAGUAAUAUACAAUUUCGCACGACAUUGAAACAUUCAAUACACUACUAGACUUUCUGCAAUACAAGUAAAUAUGUAACUUUAAUGAAUACAUCUGAAAUGUUACACUACUAUUACACCUCUAUGUACAUUGAAGAUAAUCUGUAUUAACACUUAAAUAAGAUUUCAAUUCUCUUGCAUCGCAAAAUAUUACAGUUUUUAUACUAUUAAGUCUAGAAAGAUAACCAAAUAGUUGGAUGGCACUUCUUUUCUGGUGUCAAACAGACUUUAGAAAGAUAAUAUUUAUAAUCAUUUCAUCAUAAUACGUUUAAUCCUAAAGAGAACUAUUUUACAUCACUUUUUUGUCUUACAUGUUGAAGUCAAG